AUGAACCGGAGUUUUCACAAGUCUCAGACCUUGCGCUUCUACGACUGCGGCGCGGUGGAAGUCAAGAGCAAGUUUGGGGCGGAAUUCCGAAGGUUCUCUUUGGACCGUCACAAGCCUGGGAAGUUCGAGGAUUUCUACAAGCUGGUUGUGCACACCCACCGCAUCUCCAGCAGCGACGUCACCAUCGGCUACGCAGAUGUGCACGGCGACCUCCUGCCCAUCAACAACGAUGACAACUUCUGCAAGGCGGUCUCCAGUGCAAAUCCCCUGCUCAGGGUCUUCAUCCAGAAACGAGAAGAGGCGGACCACUACAACUUCGGGGCGGGCACCCUGUCGAGGAAGAAGAAGGUGCUGGUGGCGCUGCGGGACGAGGGCCUGCGCCGGCGCGCGCACCUGGACAUCAGCAUGCCGCACGACUUCCGCCCGGUGUCCUCCGUCAUCGACGUGGACAUCCUGCCCGAGACGCACCGCCGCGUGAGGCUGUACCGGCACGGCUGCGAGAAGCCGCUGGGCUUCUACAUCCGCGACGGCACGAGCGUGCGGGUGACGCCGCACGGGCUGGAGAAGGUGCCGGGCAUCUUCAUCUCGCGCAUGGUGCCCGGCGGCCUGGCGGAGAGCACCGGGCUGCUGGCCGUGAACGACGAGGUCCUGGAGGUGAACGGGAUCGAGGUGGCGGGGAAGACGCUGGACCAGGUCACGGACAUGAUGAUCGCCAACAGCCACAACCUCAUCGUCACCGUCAAGCCCGCCAACCAGAGGAACAACGUGGUGCGCGGCGGCCGCGAUCCCAAAGCCAACGCACCUGUGCCCUGCACUGAGUCUCUGAAAUGCCGGCAUGCCGUCUUCCUGACCGGACCCUGA